GAUAGCGUGACUCAAAUCACCAACAACUCGCGUGACCAAGCUCUUCCACUUAAUGACCUAAAACACGCGAUCAUCACGUGAUGUCUGUACACAAAGAAGCCAAGAACACAUCAUGGCUUCGCUGUGGUGUUGGGAAGAUCCCGAGGUAACAACAAAAUGUCAAGUUUGCUUGGGAACGCUUAAAGAGCCCAAGACUUUACCUUGCUUGCACUCAUUCUGUCUAAUGUGCCUCGAUAACUUGGCAAGUGAUGGUAGAAGACGGCGUCAACACGAAAUUAGCUGUGUUAUCUGCCAGACGUCGAUUCCAAUCCCGGAAGAAAAUACAUUCAGGGGUUUUCGCACUUCGUUUCAGUUAGAUCGAUUCAAGGAGAUCUUAACUGUGUUCAAUAGAGACCAAACGGCAAAGACGUGUACGAAUUGUGACGGAGGGAGGGUGGCAAUUUCGUACUGUUUUGUUUGCAAAUACUUCCAUUGUUCUUCCUGCGAGAGAGCUCACAGUCGUCUGAAGGUUAUCAGGGAUCACAGAAGUGUUUUGCUUGAGAAAGAACAUCUGUUAGACCAUUUACGAAGACGAGUUAUGUGCAAAAAUGAGAGCCACGGAGAAGAGGCCUUAAAUUAUUACUGUGACGAUUGCAAGGAAUGUAUUUGCCACAUCUGUCAUAAUGACAGCCAUUGUCGACAUGACAUUGAACAAGCUGCUCGAGAAGGAAAGAAGCGACUUGAUAAGAUUCUGAAGAAAGCAGAGGACGAAAUCUCAGCGAGUAAAGAUGAGAUUCAAAAAGGUGAAGAUCUCCUCAAGAGUAGAAAGAAAAAACUUGGCGAAGCCCGUAAGAACGUGAAAAAAACUGUGAAGAAAUUAAUUAAAACUUUGAAACAACACGAGAAAGCAGUGUUGACAAAGAUCGACGACAUUUCUAGAAAUCAACAAAAACGUCACGCAAGUAAACAACGAAAACUGCAGCUGUUCGAAAAACAAUUAACAAGCCCAGUGGAACGCGGUAAAUGUGUUCUGAAAAGAAACGUUGACAUGGAAAUUGUGAAAGAACAGGAAGCCAUUAUUAGUCGCUGCAAAGAUCUUCUGAAUUCGAAAGAAACGGAAGCACUUGUACUUCCUUUUGUAAAUUACGCUGUAGACGAAGAAAUGUGUCAUAGUGUACAUUGUGGUCCUGGGCAGUUGAUUACAAGUAACACAGAUCCGUCACGGUGUACAGCACGCGUUAAAGGACUAACAGAAUCUGUUGUUGGAAGGGAAACCACGAUUUUAGUUCGCACAAGAGAUUCAAGUUCGAAGCAAUGUUAUCAGAAAGACGACCAAGUCAGGAUGAAAAUCCAGAGCCCAUUGCGAGAAGAAUGGAAAAAUGCAUCCGAACAUAAAAGCGAUGGAAGAUAUGAAUUUUCGUUUACACCCGAAGUUGACGGUCGCCAUGACGUAAUGAUCAGUGUUAAUGGACGACCGCUGACUGUCAGUCCCUUAAGAGUUAAGGUGAGCGCGUGUCUCUACCAGAAAGCGUUCGAACUGGGUUCGAAUGGCCACUUCCAGUUCCCUCAUGGCAUCGCUGUCAACAAAACCGAUGGGAAGGUAGCCGUUGCAGACAGUCUGAACAAGAGAAUCCAGAUAUUCGAUUCUGAAGGCAAGUAUCUAAGACAGUUUGGCGACAUUAGAGAUAGCACGAAAAAUUUGCAGAGACCGCGUGCGGUAGAAUUUAGUAUUUUAGGCGAAAUAAUUGUCAUCGAAGAAUGCGGAGCUAUGAUACUAUGUUCUAAUGAAGGAAACUUUCUGAACUACGUUGGGCACCUAAAGAAACCGUGUUCUGUUUCUGUGAAGAGCAAUGGUGAUUUGGUUAUCUGUGAUAGCGCUGAAGCUGAUGUUAAAAUUCUCUCCUCUGACGGAUACCAUAAGCUUGAUUCCUUUGGCGGUGAUCCAGUCCUAGAUGGUUCGCCUUCAUUUGCAAUUCAUCACAAAGACAGGUUCUUCGUUUCCUUUCCAAAGACACGGUGUGUGAAGGUUUUCACUGAAGACGGUGAUUUCCUGUAUGACAUUGGCAAGUCCAGGGAAGUUAACGAACAGCUGAGCAGACCAGUAGGCCUCGGCAUUGAUAAGUUCAACAACCUCAUUGUCUGCGACAGCGAUGACUGCCGACUACAAGUGUUCACACUGGAUGGGAGGCAUGUUACAAGCAUUGAAGGUCGCGACAAUGGGUUCCAGUCACCUCAAUUUAUCGCCGUCUCUAACGAUGGGCGUUUGUUUUUAACUGAUACGGGAAAGAAAUGCGUCCAUGUUUUCCACUGAGCAAGUUACAAUUGUGUACAACAAAACUCCACAGGUCCCUCAUGGCUGCCUUAGAGAAGAAUCUCUUGAAAGUGUCCCUGAGUUUGCUCAGUUCAUUUUCACUGU